AUGUUGCACACACACACAAACACACUCCUCUCUUUCUCUUGGUGAUUGAAACAAUGGGAGCUGCUUGGGUUUUCCUUUCCUGUGUCCUGACUGUAUGGCUCACCAAAGGUUUGAAUUUUUGUUCUCUUACAUGAUAUCAGAGUGUUUGUUUGUGUGUGUUUUUUUUGUUUGCAAAGCUGCCAAUGAUUUUACAUUUUUAAAUGUCUGUAGCUGCAAUGUAACUGUGUGUGUGUGGAGCUACUGAACAACUCAAAUGUUUGAUAAAUGCCUGGUGCUCUGUUCACAGGAUUGUGUUUGCCUGCCAUUAGCAAAAAUGAAAGACAUGACAAAGAGAUGGGUAAGAUGAUCUAACUAAAUCUUUUUCUCUGAGCAAUUUCAGGAUUUUAAUUCAGCUUAUUUUUCUGAAACAGGUAUGUCUCCCAAUGAGAUCUCCUUAAAGAAGGCCCUUGCUCUUCUCCAGUCAAUGGAGUCCAUGUUGGAGGAACAAGCUAGAGAAGGUAAACAGCUUCAGCAAAACUACAUGGCUAAAGAGCAAGUUCAUGGAGCAGGUUUGAUUUAUGCUUUGUUGUUUGUCUUUAUGAAUAUCAAAUAUCUACAGAAUGCUUCAACAAACCUUAACUGACUAAACUAUCUGUUUAUCAAGCUAUCUAAAGAUUUUGAAUAAAGCUAAAUGGUGGGGAAAAAAAGCUCUUUUCACAGUGUUAACUUUUUAUUUAUCUAUUUUUUUUACCCAAAUCCUUCAGUACAACUGGAAACCAAUGAAGUGGAAGCUGAGGCUUCAGUUGGCCACUUGAAGUUUGUUCAGAAGCCUGUGAGCAAUCAAGAAAAUCCUGACAGUGAUGCAAAACAUCAGGUAGUGAGCGACAGUCACAUUGCCAAUGCACAGGACAGCCACAACACUACCGCCACAGCCAGCGACAUGCACAACGCCACGGCCAGCGACAUGCACAACGCCACGGCCAGCGACAUGCACAACGCCACGGCCAGCGACAUGCACAACGCCACGGCCAGCGACAUGCACAACGCCACGGCCAGCGACAUGCACAACGCCACCGCCAGCGACAUGCACAACGCCACCGCCAGCGACAUGCACAACGCCACCGCCAGCGACAUGCACAACGCCACCGCCAGCGACAUGCACAACGCCACCGCCCUGGACGGCCACAACAAUACGGCCAGCGACAUGCACAACGCCACGGCCAGCGACAUGCACAACGCCACGGCCAGCGACAUGCACAACGCCACGGCCAGCGACAUGCACAACGCCACGGCCAGCGACAUGCACAACGCCACGGCCAGCGACAUGCACAACGCCACGGCCAGCGACAUGCACAACGCCACGGCCAGCGACAUGCACAACGCCACGGCCAGCGACAUGCACAACGCCACGGCCAGCGACAUGCACAACGCCACGGCCAGCGACAUGCACAACGCCACGGCCAGCGACAUGCACAACGCCACGGCCAGCGACAUGCACAACGCCACGGCCAGCGACAUGCACAACGCCACGGCCAGCGACAUGCACAACGCCACCGCCAGCGACAUGCACAACGCCACCGCCAGCGACAUGCACAACGCCACCGCCAGCGACAUGCACAACGCCACCGCCAGCGACAUGCACAACGCCACGGCCAGCGACAUGCACAACGCCACGGCCAGCGACAUGCACAACGCCACCGCCAGCGACAUGCACAACGCCACGGCCAGCGACAUGCACAACGCCACGGCCAGCGACAUGCACAACGCCACGGCCAGCGACAUGCACAACGCCACGGCCAGCGACAUGCACAACGCCACGGCCAGCGACAUGCACAACGCCACGGCCAGCGACAUGCACAACGCCACGGCCAGCGACAUGCACAACGCCACGGCCAGCGACAUGCACAACGCCACGGCCAGCGACAUGCACAACGCCACGGCCAGCGACAUGCACAACGCCACGGCCAGCGACAUGCACAACGCCACCGCCCUGGACGGCCACAACAAUACGGCCAGCGACAUGCACAACGCCACGGCCAGCGACAUGCACAACGCCACGGCCAGCGACAUGCACAACGCCACGGCCAGCGACAUGCACAACGCCACGGCCAGCGACAUGCACAACGCCACGGCCAGCGACAUGCACAACGCCACGGCCAGCGACAUGCACAACGCCACGGCCAGCGACAUGCACAACGCCACGGCCAGCGACAUGCACAACGCCACGGCCAGCGACAUGCACAACGCCACCGCCCUGGACGGCCACAACAAUACGGCCAGCGACAUGCACAACGCCACGGCCAGCGACAUGCACAACGCCACGGCCAGCGACAUGCACAACGCCACGGCCAGCGACAUGCACAACGCCACGGCCAGCGACAUGCACAACGCCACGGCCAGCGACAUGCACAACGCCACCGCCCUGGACGGCCACAACGCCACCGCCCUGGACGGCCACAACGCCACCGCCCUGGACGGCCACAACGCCACCGCCCUGGACGGCCACAACGCCACCGCCCUGGACGGCCACAACGCCACCGCCCUGGACGGCCACAACACUACGGCCAGCGACAUGCACAAUGCAACCGUGCUGGACAGCCACAACGCACUGGGCAGCCCCAAUGUGACGGCCACUGACAUGCACAAUCCAACAUCUAGUGACAGCCACAAUGCCAAGGCUGGCACAAAAAAUGAUGCUGGUAAAGCAUCACCCAAGGUACCAUCAGUUCUGGAAGCAGCCAUGCCAAAUUGAGAGAAAGUCAGUGCACCCAGCAGUGUUGAUGCCUAAGAGCAUGGAGCUUCAACGAAGAAGGCAAAUCCACCAGGGCCAAAGCUGGGGUCUCACAAUGUCCAUUGAGUAUUUUUAAAGUGGGGAAUAGAUUUUAGGAUUUGUGCAAGAGUUCAUGUACAUACAAAAUGUCUCUGCAUGUAUCCAUCUUUUAUCUCUCUGCUUUAAAUAAAAGUGUUAAACAGUAUUUUCUGCUCUCGUGUUUUUUUUCCAGGUUUAAUCUUUGAUUUGUUUUUGGCAUUUAUAGCAGUUGCUGAAAGCCUUUUGAUUAUCUGCACUGCUAACCACACAAACUCAGACCUGGGUUUAUUGCUAGGCUAAAGAUGACACAUCUGAAACUAUCACUUUUAGUUUUGAUAUGAGUGGUGAUGGCCUACAGUUUAAAAAAAAAAAAUCUCUAUCAAACUAUUUCAUUUCAAGUUUGAAUAAGUCAUUGGCUUGAGCUAUAGAGAAUCUGUGGGUUAUCUAUCAAAAGGAAGAUGGGGGGGGGGGGGGGGUAUCCAACCCAAAAAUACAGACCAGCUGGAGGUCUGUCAAAGCAACUUGGAAUUCAGUAACACCUAAGCAGAGCUACAUGCUUAUCAGUUCCAUGCCACACCACGCUGAUGCCUAAUUCAUGGUAAAGGAGUAUAGAAGUUACAAAAUGAUAGUUAGAAAUGGACAUAAAUCCAUCAAAUCAAUGCAAAAAUAAAUGUGAAAAUAAAAUUUUAAAGGCAUAAAAAGAAAUACUUUUUGGUCUGGGAAAGGGUUAUUCAAUCAUUUAUACAUAUUUAGAUUUAUUAUAUUUAUUUCCACAAUUGUACAUUUCCACAAGUAUUUAUUUCUGCAUUUCUGUGUCAGUGGUGUGUGUGGAGAAAUUGAUUUCUAAAUGAAGAGGCUGUUCCUCACUGUUCCUCUGAAGCAGGACUGGUUGCAUUGGUGUGUUUGGAUCGAUUACUGCUGCCUUGACUUGACCUGACCUGACCUUUGCCUUAACAGGCCACUAGCUGUGACCGCUCAGCUAACUGCAGGAUGGUGAUGGAAGGUUCAGUAGGAGCUGUUGCCAAUGAUUCUAGGUGCUUCAGGUGAAUUCAACAACAUUGCCCCAGUGGACUACAUUCAGUUUCGUCUGGGUAGGUUAACAAGGACUUAAUUCAGCUCAGUGCUGAUUAAGUCUAUGCAGCAGUUCUAGCAGGUCUCCAACAAGUCGCUCACCAGCUUCACAUGAUGUUGGAGACGUGGAUUGAUCACGGGAUGUCUAUCUAUCUUCAGCCUCCAGAUAUCCUUAAAGUUCACCUCCUUUUAGGCCACAUUGUUGGUGACACUGGGCAAGUAGGAAAUAUGGUAAUACUUAAAACUGUUCCACCUGGUUUACCAGAUUAUGUCAGGUUGCAAUGCAUCAGAAAAGGGUUUAACAGUAGUUUACUGUUAAGAUUUAGAAUUUUUGAUUAUUUGUUUGUAAAAUGUGUAAGUGUUUUACUUGCAUAUGGAUGGAUCCAUAAAAUGUAUGUUUUGUUGCAAAAGGGGCUCAAGAAAGUUAGGCCACCGACUCCACCAUUUUAAACAUGUAAACAUCAAAUUGUGCUGUCAGUGAAAGCAAGUAUAGAAUGUUUGCCUUAGAAUGAUGAUGCAAAAGAUGAUCUCUAAUAAACGCUAAUGUGUGGACUGUGGGCACUAACUCUAUUUACUUUCUCAGGGUGGUCAAUGCUACAGCCUUGUCAGUGCUAUUAAUCAUGUGGGCACACAAGCAGGAACAGGUAAGAUAAUCUGUUUUCUUAAAAUCAUAUUAAAUUUUACACACAAAAAAUGUCAGUUAAAAAAAUACCGCUAGUUACAGCUUACAAUUAUGUUCUAAUACAUUAUUUAUGUGAACAUUAUGAAUAGUAUGAUAGUAUGUGGUUACAGACACAGCCGAGUCUUUAGACAACUUGUUAAACAUUAUUACUUCUUUGCCUGUUAGGACACUACAUCUCACAGGGAGUGGAUCCAGAUGUGCCAGUGACUGAGCCAACGGGUCAUUGGUUCACAGACGACGACACAGAGGUCAUGGAAACAAGCAGUGCCGACGUAUGUGAGCAGCGAUGUCAAAAGGCCUAUAUCCUGGUCUACAAAAGACAGAUAAGUACAUAGCCCCAUCACACUGAGGUGCGCCAUGGUGAAAGGAAAUUGUGAUGUAGAAAAAGACAUUGAUGAUCUCAUCAUUAAUUUCGGAUCAUUAUUGAUCAGAGUGGGCAACAGAGCUUCUAUUCUUACCUUAUGUUUUGUUCAAGACACAGUCAAGCGCAGCUUCCUGAUAACAGCUUCCUUGAUAGUAUUUACAUCAACUGACUACAUUUGUUUUAUUCGCAGGAUUAAGUGGCAGGACGCUCCAGGGAAACUUCUGAAGGAAGCAAAGGGCCACAUCCCCCUCAUGAAACCUCACCUCCCUCAUCUACACCCCCUCAUCCUACCUUACCUUUCUUACCUACACAUGCUUAUCCUACAUCACCUCCCUCACCUACAUCCCCCUCAUCCCACCUUACCUCCCUCACCUAAACCCACUCAUCAUACCUUACCUCCCUUACCUUCACCCCCUUACUCUACUUUACCUCCCUUACCUACACCCCCUCAUCCCACCUUACCUCCCCUAUCAACCCCCCCCAUCCAAAAUGAUCUCCCUCACAUCCAGCCCCCUAAUCCUACCUGACCUCCCUUACCUACAUACCCUCACUAUACCUACCUACCCUCACCUGCCCCCUAACCCUACCUUACCUCUCUAACCUUCACCUCCUUACCCUACCUUCAAUCCUUGACCUACACACUCUUAUCCCACCUUACCUCCCUCACCUACCCUACCUCAUCCCACCUUACCUUCUUUACCUAGACUUUCUCAUGCCACAUUCUAACUCUAUUUACUUUCUCAGGGUGGUCAAUGCUACAGCCUCAUCAGUGCUAUUAAUCAUCUGGGCACACACGCAGGAACAGGUAAGAUAAUUACCUCCCUCACCUACCCUACCUCAUCCCACCUUACCUUCUUUACCUAGACCUUCUCAUCCCAAAUUACCUCCAUCACCUACACCACCCUCAUCUUCCCUAAACCUCCUUAACAUACAACAUCUCACCCUACCUUAACUCCCUCCCCUACACCCCCCUCAUCCAACCUUACCUCCUUUAUCCACACACCCUCACCCUUCCUUGCCUCCCUCACCUACUCCCGCUCAUCCCAACUUAACUUCCUCAGCUACACCCCCCUUACCGACACCUUCUUAUCCCAAAUUACCUCCCUCACCUACCCUCCCAUAUUCAACCUUACCUUGCUCUUCUGCAGCCCCCUAUCCUACCUGACCUCCCUUACCUACACAGGUACUCACUAUACAUUAGUUAGUAACCUUUAUUUAACCAGGAAAUAAACCCAUUGAGAUUCAGAAUCUCUUUUACAAGGGAGUCCUGGCCAGGAUAGCAGCACAAGAAGUUCCACAUAAAGAAAAGAAAAACACACACACAGAAACGCAAAACAGUUACAGUAUAAAAAACACAACAAUAAAUCAGCGUUCAGUAAGAAGACAUGUGCAUUCAGUACUUAAAAACUCCUUAAUUCUAGUUUUAAAAUGUGCCAUACUUGGCAGAUAAUCCAAUUUAAAAUAACCCUGUAAUUUACACCAGGAGGAGGGUGCAAAAGCCUUGAAAGCGCUUUCGCCAAAAACCGUCCUUGUCAGAGGAAUAGCGUACAUGAUCUGUUCAUCAGACCGGAGAUUACUCCUGUUGGUGAUUUUGGGAGUUAAGAGGGAACAUAUUUAGGGGACCGAGGCUAUCCCUGCCUGCCCUACCUCAUGACCCCCUAUCCUGACCCUGGUGCAAGGCCACAAACACAAUUCAAUGUGGCUCUCUCCCGCACCAGUCCACGUGGUCCUUCGCUCUCCAGCCUGCUCUGAUGCUCCAGACCGGUCCAUGUUCGCGAUUGGUCAGAUGCGGCGGGCUCCGCCUUAUAUGUGUGCACGCCCUCAUAGCAAAGCUGGAUCCACUUACGAGGUUGAUAACCAGCAUCGUAAGACCAUUUAGCGAGACCGCUGGCUACCGCGCUAAGUUGAGCGAGGUAUCUCCAAGGCUACCUCGCCAGGUUGAAUUUACUUCAUAGAAUAGGCCCCAGUUUUCCCCUCAGCUCCUCCUCUCACCUUCCUCUCUGCUCCAGCAAGCCCCGCCCACAAACAGAUGCUCCUGCUUGCUAGUAUCGUUUCAAUUAAAUUAGAUAUAAUGCAGAUAAAUAUUUCAGAUAAUCACAAAUGGAGCCCAGUCAAUGUGAAAGUAAAAAGCACCGGUGCUACUGUACAUGCCAACAGACUACCAGCAAACAUGUUUGCAGAACUUCUACAACUAGGAUAAAGUGACAUAGUCCUGGACCCAAAGUAAACAGUUUAACAGUGCAACAACACACAGCAGGUCCCGUUUGACAAGAAACACUUCUGUUACAGACACUUGGCUUACUUGGUAAAGUGGUUUACCUGUCCAGCAGUGCCCCCCCAUCAUUUAUGCUGAUGUUGACCCAGCUUUUUGGCUCUUGUCCAGUCAACAAGUGAAGUGAAACAACAACAAGUGAAAGACUGAGAUUUAUUUUGAAUAUUUGUGCCAACAUGGCUCUUUUUAUUCUUAGGUUAAUUAAAAACUCUGCCUCGUAGACUAAACCAUUUCUGUAUACUUAAUCAGAGGCCUCAUUUCAAAAGCUGUAUUUUGUUUAAAUAAGAGUUGAAUAAAUAAAGCAUACAAAAGCUCAGCAUAGUCCCACCAAAGGCUGAUUCUUGGCCAGCAGUGUCUUCUCUACAGACAGACAGCUGAUUACAGCUGAUAAGCAUCAGCUGUGUGGUCUGCAGGAUGAGUUUUUAAGCCAAGCAUGUUGCACACACACACAAACACACUCCUCUCUUUCUCUUGGUGAUUGAAACAAUGGGAGCUGCCUGGGUUUUCCUUUCCUGUGUCCUGACUGUAUGGCUCACCAAAGGUUUGAAUUUUUGUUCUCUUACAUGAUAUCAGAGUGUUUGUUUGUGUGUGGUUUUUUUGUUUGCAAAGCUGCCAAUGAUUUUACAUUUUUAAAUGUCUGUAGCUGCAAUGUAACUGUGUGUGUGUGGAGCUACUGAACAACUCAUGUUUGAUAAAUGCCUGGUGCUCUGUUCACAGGAUUGUGUUUGCCUGCCAUUAGCAAAAAUGAAAGACAUGACAUUAUUCAGAAGAAAGAGAUGGGUAAGAUGAUCUAACUAAAUCUUCUUCUGAGCAAUUUCAGGAUUUUAAUUCAGCUUAUUUUUCUGAAACAGGUAUGUCUCCUAAUGAGAUCUCCUUAAUGAAGGCCCUUGCUCUUCUCCAGUCAAUGGAGUCCAUGUUGGAGGAACAAGCUAGAGAAGGUAAACAGCUUCAGCAAAACUACAUGGCUAAAGAGCAAGUUCAUGGAGCAGGUUUGAUUUAUGCUUUGUUGUUUGUCUUUAUGAAUAUCAAAUAUCUACAGAAUGCUUCAACAAACCUUAACUGACUAAACUAUCUGUUUAUCAAGCUAUCUAAAGAUUUUGAAUAAAGCUAAAUGGUGGGGAAAAAAAGCUCUUUUCACAGUGUUAACUUUUUAUUUAUCUAUUUUUUUUACCCAAAUCCUUCAGUACAACUGGAAACCAAUGAAGUGGAAGCUGAGGCUUCAGUUGGCCACUUGAAGUUUGUUCAGAAGCCUGUGAGCAAUCAAGAAAAUCCUGACAGUGAUGCAAAACAUCAGGUAGUGAGCGACAGUCACAUUGCCAAUGCACAGGACAGCCACAACACUACCGCCACGGCCAGCGACAUGCACAACGCCACGGCCAGCGACAUGCACAACGCCACGGCCAGCGACAUGCACAACGCCACCGCCCUGGACGGCCACAACAAUACGGCCAGCGACAUGCACAACGCCACGGCCAGCGACAUGCACAACGCCACCGCCCUGGACAGCCACAACAAUACGGCCCUGGACGGCCACAACAAUACGGCCCUGGACGGCCACAACAAUACGGCCAGCGACAUGCACAACGCCACCGCCAGCGACAUGCACAACGCCACCGCCAGCGACAUGCACAACGCCACCGCCCUGGACGGCCACAACGCCACGGCCAGCGACAUGCACAACGCCACCGCCCUGGACGGCCACAACGCCACGGCCAGCGACAUGCACAACGCCACGGCCAGCGACAUGCACAACGCCACGGCCAGCGACAUGCACAACACCACGGCCAGCGACAUGCACAACGCCACUGCCCUGGACGGCCACAACAAUACGGCCAGCGACAUGCACAACGCCACGGCCAGCGACAUGCACAACGCCACGGCCAGCGACAUGCACAACGCCACGGCCAGCGACAUGCACAACGCCACCGCCCUGGACGGCCACAACAAUACGGCCCUGGACGGCCACAACAAUACGGCCAGCGACAUGCACAACGCCACGGCCAGCGACAUGCACAACGCCACGGCCAGCGACAUGCACAACGCCACCGCCCUGGACGGCCACAACAAUACGGCCCUGGACGGCCACAACAAUACGGCCAGCGACAUGCACAACGCCACGGCCAGCGACAUGCACAACGCCACCGCCCUGGACGGCCACAACAAUACGGCCAGCGACAUGCACAACGCCACGGCCAGCGACAUGCACAACGCCACGGCCAGCGACAUGCACAACGCCACGGCCAGCGACAUGCACAACGCCACGGCCAGCGACAUGCACAACGCCACGGCCAGCGACAUGCACAACGCCACCGCCCUGGACGGCCACAACAAUACGGCCAGCGACAUGCACAACGCCACGGCCAGCGACAUGCACAACGCCACGGCCAGCGACAUGCACAACGCCACCGCCCUGGACGGCCACAACAAUACGGCCCUGGACGGCCACAACAAUACGGCCAGCGACAUGCACAACGCCACGGCCAGCGACAUGCACAACGCCACCGCCCUGGACGGCCACAACAAUACGGCCAGCGACAUGCACAACGCCACGGCCAGCGACAUGCACAACGCCACGGCCAGCGACAUGCACAACGCCACCGCCCUGGACGGCCACAACAAUACGGCCAGCGACAUGCACAACGCCACGGCCAGCGACAUGCACAACGCCACGGCCAGCGACAUGCACAACGCCACGGCCAGCGACAUGCACAACGCCACGGCCAGCGACAUGCACAACGCCACGGCCAGCGACAUGCACAACGCCACGGCCAGCGACAUGCACAACGCCACCGCCCUGGACGGCCACAACAAUACGGCCAGCGACAUGCACAACGCCACGGCCAGCGACAUGCACAACGCCACGGCCAGCGACAUGCACAACGCCACGGCCAGCGACAUGCACAACGCCACCGCCCUGGACGGCCACAACGCCACCGCCCUGGACGGCCACAACGCCACCGCCCUGGACGGCCACAACGCCACCGCCCUGGACGGCCACAACACUACGGCCAGCGACAUGCACAAUGCAACCGUGCUGGACAGCCACAACGCACUGGGCAGCCCCAAUGUGACGGCCACUGACAUGCACAAUCCAACAUCUAGUGACAGCCACAAUGCCAAGGCUGGCACAAAAAAUGAUGCUGGUAAAGCAUCACCCAAGGUACCAUCAGUUCUGGAAGCAGCCAUGCCAAAUUGA